AUGGCUAAAAUCGAUGUUAAGAACCCCAUCGUGGAGAUGGACGGAGACGAGAUGACCAGAAUCAUCUGGCAAUUCAUCAAGGACAAGCUCAUUACUCCAUACUUGGAUGUUGACUUGAAAUACUACGACUUGGGUAUUCUCUACAGAGACGAGACGGAGGAUAAGGUUACUACCGAUGCUGCCGAGGCUAUCUUGAAGUAUGGUGUUGGUGUCAAGUGUGCUACCAUCACGCCAGACGAGGCCAGAGUGAAGGAGUUCAACUUGAAGAAGAUGUGGUUGUCUCCAAACGGUACCUUGAGAAACAUCUUGGGCGGUACUGUUUUCCGUGAACCAAUUGUCAUUGAGAACAUUCCUCGUGUGGUUCCUACCUGGGAAAAGCCAAUUAUUAUUGGUAGACACGCUUUCGGUGACCAGUACAAGGCCACCGACGUUGUUUUCUCCAAGGCUGGCCAGCUUUCCCUUGUUUUCAAGCCUGAUGAUGGCUCUGCCGAGGAGGUCCACCAGGUUUACCACUACGAUGCCCCAGGUGUCGGAAUGGCCAUGUACAACACCGACAAGUCCAUCACUGACUUUGCCGAGCUGAGUUUCAAACUUGCCUUGGACAGAAAGUUGAACUUGUUCUCCUCCACUAAAAACACCAUCUUGAAGAAGUACGAUGGCCGUUUCAAGGAUAUCUUUGAGGGCCUUUACGAGUCCAAGUACAAGAAGGACUUUGAGGCUGCUGGUAUCUGGUACGAGCACCGUUUGAUCGACGAUAUGGUUGCCCAGAUGUUGAAGUCUAAGGGUGGUUACAUCAUUGCCAUGAAGAACUACGAUGGUGAUGUCCAGUCCGACAUUGUCGCCCAGGGCUUUGGUUCCUUGGGUCUUAUGUCCUCUGUUCUCAUGACUCCAGAUGGAAAGGCUUUCGAGUCCGAGGCCGCCCACGGUACCGUCACCAGACACUUCAGACAGCAUCAACAGGGUAAGGAGACCUCCACCAACUCCAUCGCCUCUAUCUACGCCUGGACUAGAGGUAUCAUCCAAAGAGGUAAAUUGGACAACACACCGGAUGUGGUUACCUUUGGUGAGAACCUUGAAAAGGCUGUCAUUGACACCGUUGCUUUGGACAACAUCAUGACCAAGGACUUGGCUUUGACCCAGGGCAAGACCGACCGUUCCUCUUACGUCACCACCGAAGAGUUCAUUGACGCCGUCAAGUCGCGUUUGGACAAGAACUUGGCUCAGGCCUUGGGCAAGUAA